UCUCUCGCCAGCGCUCCAAUGUCUUCAACGUCGUCUUCGUCGGAAGACGGUGGCGGCGGCGGCGGGGCGGCGAGGAGGGGCGGCGACUACGAAGGCCCUUCGACCUCAAGGCAUCGUCGCAGCGUCAACGAAGUUUGGCCCGAGCCUUUCCUCGAGGCCCUCGCGGCGCAGGUCGCCAUUGACGCUCGCUCCGGGGGACGUCUCUCCGUCGCUCCUGCGCUCGUCAGCAUCUUUCGGGUGUGCUCCACGUGGCGAAAUGUUUCGAACUCGGAUCCCCUGUGGGCCCGUCUCACCCAAUGCAUAUGGGGCCAGACCCACCUCACCCAUCCCACGUGGCAUGACGAGUUCAUCUUCCGUCAUCGGACCGCUGCGAAUUUCCGGUCUCGGCAAUCUGUGUAUGCCACCCUCCAAUUCAACCCUUUGGAGGUGAACGAGCAUCCACAUGGGCUUAUAUGCCGCUGCCUCACCCUAUCCGACCUCCACCUUGCUUGCGGCUUUGCCGAUGGGACCGUUCGCCUCUUCGACCUUGCCACGCGCCUCCACGUCACCACCUACCAACCCCUCCACCAGGGUGGACUAGGUCUACACCCGCGGGCAGUCGCCGGCAUCAUCAUGAGUGAUUUGCGACUUGUGUUUGCCACACUGGAUGGAGAUAUCCAUGUGGUCAUGAUCGAUGGCAGAGCCCCAUUGCGUAGGGCCCACGUCGGUGAUGUGGUCAAUGACGGGGCAUUGGUAGACUUCGCGGGAUGCGGCAGGUGGUGGGUGGGACUCUACGCAGGAGUUCCGGGUCGGGCCUUCCGCAUUUGGGACAGUAAUACGGAGGAGCUAGUCUUUGUGGGCGGGACAUUGACCGAUCCGGAAGCGCUCAUGGGCUGGCAAAUGCUGACUGAUUUGACACAGUUCGUGGGUCGUCUCCGCGUCACACAGCAAGAAUCGGCCGUGGCAGCCACGAGCACGAGGGUAAUUAUCAUUGACCUGAGAGACCAAGGGGUGGUAUUGCAUGAUCGGAGUUACAGGAGAAGAGGGCUCAUUGUAACCUCGGUCGAUGUCAACGAAGAUGCCUACAUUGUCGUUGACACGCGGGGGCUUGCUGUCGUGCGCCAUGUCGGCACGUCGGAGGAGAUAUGCAGGUUCAACGUAAGGGGGGCAUCGCAAGGUCGAGUCAUGGGGUGCAUGAACCAGGGGUACGCGUUCAUGUGCGUGGCGGGUGUAAUUAGGGUCUGGGAGGUGGAGCGCGGGGCCAACUUGUACAACCUUGCGGAGGGGAUGGGUGAGGUCAACGCGAUGGUGGCUAAUGAGCGCCAUGUGGCAGUGUACUCCAACGACGCCACUAUACACCUGUGGGACUUCGGCGCAGAGUAAUGUAGACUAUCCUAACACCUCAGGUGUUGUACUUGAGGACUGACCUAAUGGAGGGAGGCAUGUGCAAAAGUGCUACUGGGUUUCUGCUUACUUCGGGAGGGGCGCGUACGCUGUUUUGGGGACUCGUUUUAGGGACCAUUUUGACACUGAUUCUGACUACCAAGGGGCUAUGGGUUGUGUACAGUCUCAGGGCACACACGAACGGGGAAGUGAUUCGCUUCUGUCCAGAGCUAGUGAGGUAGGAAGCAUUCGACACUCUUAAUCCUACGGCUUUGCAAAUUUGUGUAGGUAAUCCUGUUUUAGCUUUAGGGGGGCGAUAGAGGGCAAUAGAUACGUCUAGGUGGGGGUAUUGUUUAGUUCUGCUGCUGAGGGGGUGGUACUGGUAGGAAAGCGUAGAUCGAAAUUUGGGAAACUAGGUGUAGUGAUGUUUGUUCUACCGGCAUUGUAGCUUUUUUUCUAACUUUCCAGUCAGUCUUCUUUAGGGUAUUCUUUUCGGUAAAGCAAAGUCAUUGUUGACUUCACAUUUCUAA